CCCUUGCGGCCCCAGGCAGAUCCAGGUCAUUUGUCUUCAGCUGGCAGUGCUAACCGACUGUCAGCUGGGUGUUGUUGAGACGCUGUCACUGCCCUGCCUUGCUGUGCCGUCUUCCCUCUAUGCCCAGUGCUAACGGCACAGAGCUGAACCUUCCCAAGCUCCGCUAGACUGACCCACCAUGCUGGUUCAAGAGGGGGAGAACCAAUGAUGAACGCUGAGAGUGGAGUGAAGACCACCAAUUGAUCCAAUCUAUAGAGUGGAGUGAAGACCUCCAAUUGAUUGUGCGUUGCAUAAGCAUCAACUCAGAAUGAAACAGCUAUACAAGGUACUAUUUGAAAGAAACACUGAGCGAAUGAAGGAGCCAGUAUGUAGAGCUGGAGCUCGGGAUGCAGUGGAGAGACAGACGAGCGUCCGGUUGGCUGUGCACACCUUGGAACAGACUGCCAGCGCCGACAUGGUCCGAACCGCCUCUGUGACCUUCUGCCCCACGCUGGUGGCUUUGCUGCUGGUGCACAUCCCCGGUGCUGAUUCCCGAAGCCUCCCAUCGCCAGUUAGCCAUCAAUUUCAGCCAAGGCAAGACACAGACGUCCAGAACAGGCUCGUAGCGUUGUUGGUCCAUAAGGGCUUGGCUCCCAUAAGCAGAAAUGAAGUCAUUGGUUUGGAGAUGGCACGCAAAAUGGAAGAGCUGGAGGAGCUGGGGGCCUUGAAGGAGGAUGUGGAUCUGCAGAACGAGCUGAUCUCAGAUGCAGUCGGGGCCGACGUGUCCUUGCCGAGCAAAAGAAGUUGCUUCUGGAAGUACUGCGUGUGACGCCACAACAGAGAGAGGGCUGGAGACAAAACACACAAGCACUGCCACUGGGACCUCCUUCUUCCUUCCCAUGUUAUGAUGUGCUGCUCCGUGUUUCCUUUCAUUCACAUGCUCUCUAUGCUUAAAAACACUCGGGAAAUUUUUAAUUUGUAAAAGGUUCUCAUUCCACGUUCGCUGUGUUUUACCUAAAGAUAUUUCUCUCUGUUGUAAUUGUACAGGUAUUACUCUCAGAAGGAUUAACAGAGUUGUGAAGUCUGUUACAUUUCUGUGUAAUAAUACAAAGCUGUGUGAGGAAAAGGGUGUUAGACUCUCUGUUAUGGUGCAGCUUAAGGAAUACAUGAAUAAACUAACGAUGUCAUAGCGAAAUAAC